AGUGCGAUUUUCCUCUACUCCGAAAUGACAUCUCCGAGAGGCGACCUACAUUACCGGUUCGAUCCUGGUUGAAGUCGCGACUCGUUGGAAACUCUUGUCCAAGCUGUUCGCAUAUUCUUCUGUCUCGUCUUCCGACUUUGAUUCGCUCGCCUACCCUUACUCGUGGUCGCCAAGAUGCGACACGGAGUGCUACGCUCGUGCCUGGCACUAGCCGUGGUUGCUAGCGCCGUAGCUCUUCCAGCAAUCAUUCCGAGUCGCACAGAAAACAAUGAAGCUUGUGCUGCGAACGAGGUGUACCAUGAGUGCGGCACGGCGUGUCCCGCUACGUGCGACAACAUGAACUCGGGUCCGCGCAUUUGCCCCGCUAUGUGUGUGAUGGGCUGCUUCUGUACCGAAGGCUUUGUGCGUGCGUCCGGCGAGAAUGGAGCUGGAUGCGUUCGCAAAGAAACGUGCACAGCUCCAUUGGCUUCUGAAGAGCAGACCUUUGUUGCCGAGGGUCAAACGCAAACAGAACGAUCAGACUGUGGCGCCCAUGCAACCUACUCUGAUUGUGGCUCUGCAUGUGAGGCAACAUGUGGCAACAGCAACACUGCUGACCAGGUGUGCCCUGACGUGUGUGUGAGCGGAUGCUUCUGUGACCCUGGCUACAUCCGUGAUACGCUUGUCGUCAACUCACCGUGUGUCAUGGAACACAUGUGUCUGGAACCCCCUGCUGGAGUCCACACUGGCGUUGACACACAGGACUUGGCGGUUGAACCCCCGGCACAAAACGGCAACCAGGCAAGCUCUGCUGCCUGUGGACUGAACGAGGUCUUCACCGAGUGUGGCACGGCAUGUCCGACGGCUUGUGGCGUUGCUGCACCACUGAUCUGCACACUGCAGUGCGUGGUCGGCUGCUUCUGCCAGCACGGCUUUGUGCGCGAAUCUGCUACCGAUGGUGCACGCUGCAUUAGCGCUUUGGAAUGCCAAGCUCAACAAGUGGACACUCCAGCACCAGAGAUUGCACCGGUUGGAAACUUUGGGCUUGAACUGCCUGCAGAAGCGAAUACCGGGGUGGACACACCUCAGUGCAGUCAGAAUAAAGUCUACCAGGAGUGUGGCACAGCAUGUCCAGCAACGUGCGGUGUUUCAGCUCCGAUGAUGUGCACCAUGCAGUGUGUUAUGGGAUGUUUCUGUCAGUCAGGAUUUGUACUUGAAUCCAGUGCUAACGGUGCCCAGUGUAUCAGCCAUGCUGAAUGUGAAGCACGGCAAGCGACACCGCCAGCAGUUCAUCUUGAGGAUCACAUCGACUUGGAUCUUUUUGACUCAAGCACACACGUGGACACGCCUCAAUGCAGUCAGAAUAAAGUCUACCAGGAGUGUGGCACAGCAUGUCCAGCAACAUGCGGUGUUUCAGCUCCGAUGAUGUGCACCAUGCAGUGUGUUAUGGGAUGUUUCUGUCAGUCAGGAUUUGUACUUGAAUUCAGUGCUGACGGUGCCCAGUGUAUCAGCCAUGCUGAAUGUGAAGCCCGUCAAUCUGCAACUCAACCGCCUGCCCCAGAGACCGCUGUGGCGACCGAAGCAGUAUGUCCAUCCGGCGAGGUGUACAAUGAAUGUGGCACAGCAUGCCCGUCAACUUGCACGCAACCCGGUCCCAGGCCGUGUGCCAAGAUCUGCUCUCGUGGCUGCUUCUGCCCCGAGGGUUUCGUAAGGCAAUCGAGUGAGAACGGCGCACCGUGUGUGCAAUCCCAUGACUGCCCAGCAAAUACCCAGGUGGACACGCCUCAGUGCAGUCAGAAUGAAGUCUACCAGGAGUGUGGCACGGCAUGUCCAGCAACAUGCGGUGUUUCAGGCCCUAGGAUGUGCACCAUGCAGUGUGUUAUGGGAUGUUUCUGUCAGUCAGGAUUUGUCCUUGAAUCCAGUGCUAACGGUGCCCAGUGUAUCAGCCAUGCGGAAUGUGAAGCCCGUCAAUCUGCAACUCAACCGCCUGCCCCAGAGACUGCUGUGGCAACCGAAGCAGUAUGUCCAUCCGGGGAGGUGUAUAAUGAAUGUGGCACAGCAUGCCCGUCAACUUGCACACAACCCGGUCCCAGGCCGUGCGUCAAGAUCUGCUCUCGUGGCUGCUUCUGCCCCGAGGGUUUCGUAAGGCAAUCGAGUGAGAACGGUGCACCGUGUGUGCAAUCCCAUGACUGCCCAGUACUUCACGAGGAAUGUCCAGUUGGAGAGGUGUACCAAGCGUGUGGCACGGCAUGCCCGUCAUCAUGCGCACAUCCUGGUCCGAGACCGUGCUCCAGGAUCUGCUCGCGUGGCUGCUUUUGUCCUGUGGGCUCUGUGAGGCAAUCGGAGGAGAAUGGCGCCCCGUGUGUGCAAGCAUCGAGCUGUCCCGUUCCUACAACCUCACCGCCCUCAACUGUUGGCCCCAAUGCCGAUGUUUUCAUCGACCACGACCUCAUCUUCUCAGUAACAAGGGCUUGCUCGGAUCCUCUGGAGGUAUUUCAGACGUGCGGUUCAGCCUGCCCAGCCACAUGCAAUGACACCGUUCCCGCCGUCUGCUCCAUGCAGUGCGUGCAGGGGUGCUUCUGCGCGCCAGGCUUUGUUCGCUCCGAGGCCGGUGGCCGCUGUGUGCCGCAAGUCACUUGUGCCAAUAAGAAGGCAACCGUGGAUGGUUCAGAUUGCAUGACCUGCAACAAUGAAAUGUACGAGCCUCUUUGCGGCAAUGACGGCAUGUCCUAUCCGAACCUGUGUGCCCUGCGUCGCGAGGAGUGCCUGAAGAACAAGGCCGUUCAGGUCAGCUACAAGCGCCAGUGCAGAAGUCCAGGGUGUAAUCUUGGAGAUCGUGCUGUCUUCAACUCAAUGCUUGUCCGGUACAUUCAGAAGAAGAUGGAGGCUUCCCCUCCCAGACCAGAGCCUAUUGCUGCCGCCGGACAAUCCGGCUCAGCUGAGCCGGAACCGAAUAUUUCCCGUGUCCCGUUCAAGAAGGCCAUCUACUGGAUGUUCGAUGAGCUGGACGUUAACCCUAGAGACAGGAGGCUGGGCAAGAGAGAGGCCAGGGCAUUCCUGACGGAGCUGAAGUCCCAGAUCGGUCUGAAGGGCUGUGCCAGUACCAUGUGGGCGUCGUGCGACUACAACCGAGAUCACCACGUCUCGCUCAGCGAAUGGUGUUACUGCACCGGUCUGGACUCAGUCUGUACACCGGAGAAGCGCACCAUGUUCAACGAAAAAAUUCUAGAUCACAUCAAAGACCUGAAGGCAGAGAAGGAGCAAGCCGAGGGGAGCCAACCUGAGCCAGAGCGCAAUCCUAAUGUACCCACAGCUGAGCCACGGCUCGACUCGCCAGCCAAGGAACUUGUGUACUGGAUGUUUGACGAGCUAGAUGUGGCGCCAUACGAUCGCCAUCUCAGCCAGAAGGAGACCUGGCGAUUUGUGGAGGGCCUCGAGACCAACGUGACGCAGAGAGCCUGUGGUAGUUCCCUCUUGGAACACUGUGAUUGCAAUAAUGAUCAGAGAAUUGGACUGAAUGAGUGGUGCUGGUGUCUGGGGCUGGACAAUACUUGUCCUGCCGAUCGUCGACAGUACUUUCAGCAGAGAAUGCUCGAGUUCAUGAACAAGAAGAAAGCUCUCGCCGUGCCGGAGCCCGAGACGGAACCAUCCGACGACUCCUCUCACGAACCGUACGAUCCGAGAGCCGAGCCCAGGCUCAACACGCCCGCCAAGCAGACGAUCUACUGGAUGUUUGACGAGCUGGACGUGGCGCCGAGAGACCGCAAGCUCAGCGACCGUGAGCUCACUGGCUUCCUAGCCGAGGCGAAGUGCACGGUCAGUCCCCGAGCGUGUGCAGAGUCGCUGCAAUCAUACUGUGACUACAACGAGGACGGCUUCGUAUCUCUGCACGAGUGGUGUUGGUGCAGUGGGCUGGAUAAUGAAUGCACUCCUGAAAAUAAAAACUACUUCAAUGCUAACUUGUUGAAGCGGGCAGCUGAGUGGCACGCUCAUCUUCACCCAAUGAUCAAGAACAGCGGUAGAGCAGGUGGUUUUGCCGUCAUGGUACCCCACCGUCUGAGCGACCAAGACCUGCUGUUCUGGUUGUUCCGACGGCUGGACACUUCUCCAGUCGAUGGCCACCUCACCGCGGCAGAGACUCACGUGUUUGUCGCCAAUGUCAGCCGAAACGUGGGACCACGUGCGUGCGCCCUGGGCAUGAUUGGAGCUAUGGACACCAACGACGACGGACGUAUCAACUGGGUUGAGUGGUUCCGUGGUCUGGGCAUUCGAAUGCCUCCGAUCGGACCACCGCAGGAGACUGUGGAAGAUGUGCCAUCAGCCGGAGACGCCGGUGACGAUUCCAACGGCACAUGUGUGUACUGGCGUGGAUAUUGCUGUUCCACGAAGUGGUUCUGCUCAACCAGGGACGGCCAGAAAGCCUGGCAGAUGCAGAACCCACCAAUAUCGUGCCCUAUACCUAUUGGGGGCAAGUGCCAGGAUGCUCCCAAGCCAGGCACGGGAAUAUGCCAGUACUGGCCUCUCUCGGGACAGUGCGGUUUUGAAAUGCCAGAGAUGAAUGAAGAAUCCACGUGCAAUGAUGAAUCAAGAACCGUAUACCAGACCCACCUUCUGGAAUACAUGACAGCAAGACGCACUGAAGCUGGCCAUACUGAACCUCUUCCAGAAAGUGAUGAACCCAGAGAUCCCACAGCUGAACCACGUCUCAAGACACCAGCCAAACAAACCAUCUACUGGAUGUUUGAUGAGCUGGAUGUAGCUCCAAUGGACAGGAAGCUAAGCCGUGCUGAAGUUGGAGUAUUCAUGAACGAUACAGUGCGCAAUGUUCAUCCUCGUGCCUGUGCAGAAAGUCAGUGGAACUAUUGUGAUUACAAUGAUGAUGGUUCUAUCAGUUUGUCGGAAUGGUGCUGGUGUACUGGUCUCGAUCCAACUUGCCCAGCUGACAAGCGUCAGUUCUUCCAACACAAGAUGCUUCAGUUCAUCAAGAAGAAGAGAUCGCAAGCAAAUGUAACUCCUGAACCAGAGACAACAUCAGAUAGUAGUGAGCGUGAUCCAGCAGUUGAACCCCGUCUGAAUACACCAGCCAAAGUAGCCAUCUACUGGCAGUUUGAUGAACUAGAUGUAUCUCCUAUGGACAGACAACUGAGUGAGAAUGAGAUAUCAUCAUUCAUGAGUGAAGUUGUUCGUGAAGUGGAUCCUCGUGCAUGUGCAGAGACACUGCAGGAGCACUGUGAUUAUAACAAGGAUGGAAUGAUUUCUCUGUCAGAAUGGUGCUGGUGCUCUGGACUUGACAAUGAAUGCAGCCCAGAAAAGGAGAGACACUUCCAAGCCAACCUCCUUCAGUUCAUGUCUUUAAAGCGUCAAGAAUCAGGUCAUGUUGAGCCAUCGCCAGAAUCAGAAAGUAAUCCAGACCCCACAGCUGAACCACGUCUCAAGACACCAGCCAAGAUCACAAUCUACUGGAUGUUUGAUGAGCUGGAUGUAGCUCCAAUGAACAGGAAGCUAAGUCGUGCCGAAGCAGGUUCAUUCUUUUCUGAAGUAGAUCGUGAAGUUGGUCCGCGUGCUUGUGCCCAGGAUCACUGGAGUCGGUGUGAUUACAACAAUGAUGGAUCCAUUAGUCUAUCAGAGUGGUGCUGGUGUACUGGACUAGAUCCAACCUGUCCAGCUGACAAGAGGACAUUCUACCAACAUAAUCUCCUGAACUACAUGACAAUGAAGCGUACUGAAGCUGGCCAUACUGAGCCUCUUCCAGAAAGUGAUGAACCCAGAGAUCCCACAGCUGAACCACGUCUCAAGACACCAGCCAAACAAACCAUCUACUGGAUGUUUGAUGAACUGGAUGUAGCUCCAAUGGACAGGAAGCUAAGCCGUGCUGAAGUUGGAGUAUUCAUGAAUAAUACUGUUCGCAAUGUUCAUCCUCGUGCCUGUGCAGAAAGUCAGUGGAACUAUUGUGAUUAUAAUGAUGAUGGUUCUAUCAGUUUGUCGGAAUGGUGCUGGUGUACUGGUCUUGAUCCAACUUGCCCAGCUGACAAGCGUCAGUUCUUCCAACACAAGAUGCUUCAGUUCAUCAAGAAGAAGAGAUCGGAAGCAAAUGUAACUCCUGAACCAGAGACAACAUCAGAUAGUAGUGAGCGUGAUCCAGCAGUUGAGCCCCGUUUGAAUACACCAGCCAAAGUAGCCAUCUACUGGCAGUUUGAUGAACUAGAUGUAGCCCCUAUGGACAGACAACUGAGUGAGAAUGAGAUAUCAUCAUUCAGGAGUGAAGUUGUUCGUGAAGUGGAUCCUCGUGCAUGUGCAGAGACACUGCAGGAGUACUGUGAUUAUAAUAAGGAUGGAAUGAUUUCUCUGUCGGAAUGGUGCUGGUGCUCUGGACUUGACAAUGAAUGCAGCCCAGAAAAGGAAAGACACUUCCAAGCCAACCUCGUUCAGUUCAUGUCUUUGAAGCGUCAAGAAUCAGGUCAUGUUGAGCCAUCACCUGAACCGGAAAGCACUCCAGACCCCACAGCUGAACCACGUCUCAAGACACCAGCCAAGAUCACAAUCUACUGGAUGUUUGAUGAGCUGGAUGUAGCUCCAAUGAACAGGAAGCUAAGUCGUGCCGAAGCAGGUUCAUUCUUUUCUGAAGUAGAUCGUGAAGUUGGUCCGCGUGCUUGUGCCCAGGAUCACUGGAGUCGGUGUGAUUACAACAAUGAUGGAUCCAUUAGUCUAUCAGAGUGGUGCUGGUGUACUGGACUAGAUCCAACCUGUCCAGCUGACAAGAGGACAUUCUACCAACAUAAUCUUCUGAACUACAUGACAAUGAAGCGCACUGAAGCUGGCCAUACUGAACCUCUUCCAGAAAGUGAUGAACCCAGAGACCCCACAGCUGAACCACGUCUCAAGACACCAGCCAAACAAACCAUCUACUGGAUGUUUGAUGAGCUGGAUGUAGCUCCAAUGGACAGGAAGCUAAGCCGUGCUGAAGUUGGAGUAUUCAUGAACAAUACUGUUCGCAAUGUUCAUCCUCGAGCCUGUGCAGAAAGUCAAUGGAACUAUUGUGAUUAUAAUGAUGAUGGUUCUAUCAGUUUGUCGGAAUGGUGCUGGUGUACUGGUCUCGAUCCAACUUGCCCAGCUGACAAGCGUCAGUUCUUCCAACACAAGAUGCUUCAGUUCAUCAAGAAGAAGAGAUCCCAAGCCAAUGUAACUCCUGAGCCCGAGGCAACAUCAGAUAAUAGUGAGCGCGAUCCAGCAGUUGAGCCCCGUCUAAAUACACCAGCCAAAGUAGCCAUCUACUGGCAGUUUGAUGAACUGGAUGUAUCUCCUAUGGACAGACAACUGAGUGAGAAUGAGAUGUCAUCAUUUAUGAGUGAAGUUGUUCGUGAAGUGGACCCUCGUGCAUGUGCAGAGACACUGCAGGAGUACUGUGAUUAUAAUGACGAUGGAAUGAUUUCUCUGUCGGAAUGGUGCUGGUGCUCUGGACUUGACAAUGAAUGCAGCCCAGAAAAGGAGAGACACUUCCAAGCCAACCUCCUUCAAUUCAUGUCUUUGAAGCGUCAAGAGUCAGGUCAUGUUGAGCCAUCGCCAGAACCAGACAGCACUCCAGAUCCCACAGCUGAACCACGUCUCAAGACACCAGCCAAGAUCACAGUCUACUGGAUGUUUGAUGAGCUGGAUGUAGCUCCAAUGGACAGGAAGCUAAGUCGUACCGAAGCAGGUUCAUUCUUUUCUGAAGUAGAUCGUGAAGUUGGUCCGCGUGCUUGUGCCCAGGAUCACUGGAGUCGGUGUGAUUACAACAACGAUGGAUCCAUUAGUCUAUCAGAGUGGUGCUCGUGCACUGGACUAGACCCAAUACCGGGUGAUGCCGCCGAGGACCCGCCGAAUGCGGAGUGCCUCACCUGGCGCGGCUGGUGCUGCGGUCCCUGGUUCUGCGGCACGCUCUCGCAGCGCGACAUCUGGAACGCGCACUACCCACCGCCUCCGGUGCCCUGCCCGUACCCGGCUCCCGGGGGUGUUUGUCCCAACACUACAAAGCCGGGCACUGGAGAGUGCCAAUACUGGCCACUGAGUGCAAUCUGCUCAUAUUCGUUGCCUGAACUGAAUGAUGAUGUCGUGGUCGACUCCGUCUCCAGCUCUAACGAUGUCUCCGACACCAACUCGCAAUCAUCCGACCCGGUGUGCGAGGAAUGGCGCGGCUGGUGCUGCGCCAACAACUGGUACUGCAAGACGCAUGACGAGUAUACUGCUUGGUUCAUGACACACCCGCCACCUCCGUGUCCAAUGCCACCGGGAGGCCAGUGCCCCAACGCCACCAAGCCAGGCACUGGAAUGUGUCAAUACUGGCCGCUCUCAGGACAGUGUGGAUACACAAUGCCAGAAACUGAUGUAUGCAAUGAUGAAUCAAGAACCGUAUACCAGACCCAGCUUCUCGAAUAUAUGACAGCAAGACGCACUGAAGCUGGCCAUACUGAACCUCUUCCAGAAAGUGAUGAACCCAGAGAUCCCACAGCUGAACCACGUCUCAAGACACCAGCCAAACAAACCAUCUACUGGAUGUUUGAUGAGCUGGAUGUAGCUCCAAUGGACAGGAAGCUAAGCCGUGCUGAAGUUGGAGUAUUCAUGAACGAUACAGUGCGCAAUGUUCAUCCUCGAGCCUGUGCAGAAAGUCAGUGGAACUAUUGUGAUUAUAACGAUGAUGGUUCUAUCAGUUUGUCGGAAUGGUGCUGGUGUACUGGUCUCGAUCCAACUUGCCCAGCUGACAAGCGUCAAUUCUUCCAACACAAGAUGCUUCAGUUCAUCAAGAAGAAGAGAUCGGAAGCAAAUGUAACUCCUGAACCAGAGACAACAUCAGAUAAUAGUGAGCAUGAUCCCGCUGUUGAGCCCCGUCUGAAUACACCAGCCAAAGUAGCCAUCUACUGGCAGUUUGAUGAACUGGAUGUAUCUCCUAUGGACAGACAGCUGAGUGAGAAUGAGAUGUCAUCAUUCAGGAGUGAAGUUGUUCGUGAAGUGGAUCCUCGUGCAUGUGCAGAGACACUGCAGGAAUACUGUGAUUAUAAUAAGGAUGGAAUGAUUUCUCUGUCGGAAUGGUGCUGGUGCUCUGGACUUGACAAUGAAUGCAGCCCAGAAAAGGAGAGACACUUCCAAGCCAACCUCCUUCAGUUCAUGUCAUUGAAGCGUCAAGAAUCAGGUCAUGUUGAGCCAUCACCUGAACUAGAAAGCAAUCCAGAUCCCACAGCUGAACCACGUCUCAAGACACCAGCCAAGAUCACAAUCUACUGGAUGUUUGAUGAGCUGGAUGUAGCUCCAAUGAACAGGAAGCUAAGUCGUGCCGAAGCAGGUUCAUUCUUUUCUGAAGUAGAUCGUGAAGUUGGUCCGCGUGCUUGUGCCCAGGAUCACUGGAGUCGGUGUGAUUACAACAAUGAUGGAUCCAUUAGUCUAUCAGAGUGGUGCUGGUGUACUGGACUAGAUCCAACCUGCCCAGCUGACAAGAGAACAUUCUACCAGCAUAAUCUCCUGAACUACAUGACAAUGAAGCGUACUGAAGCUGGCCAUACUGAACCUCUUCCAGAAAGUGAUGAACCCAGAGAUCCCACAGCUGAACCACGUCUCAAGACACCAGCCAAACAAACCAUCUACUGGAUGUUUGAUGAGCUGGAUGUAGCUCCAAUGGACAGGAAGCUAAGCCGUGCUGAAGUUGGAGUAUUCAUGAACAAUACAGUGCGCAAUGUUCAUCCUCGUGCCUGUGCAGAAAGUCAGUGGAACUAUUGUGAUUAUAAUGAUGAUGGUUCUAUCAGUUUGUCAGAAUGGUGCUGGUGUACUGGUCUCGAUCCAACUUGCCCAGCUGACAAACGUCAGUUCUUCCAACACAGAAUGCUUCAGUUCAUCAAGAAGAAGAGAUCGCAAGCAAAUGUAACUCCUGAACCAGAGACAGCAUCAGAUAGUAGUGACCGUGAUCCAGCAGUUGAGCCCCGUCUGAAUACACCAGCCAAAGUAGCCAUCUACUGGCAGUUUGAUGAACUGGAUGUAGCCCCUAUGGACAGACAACUGAGUGAGAAUGAGAUGUCAUCAUUCAUGAGUGAAGUUGUUCGUGAAGUGGAUCCUCGUGCAUGUGCAGAGACACUGCAGGAGUACUGUGAUUAUAAUGACGAUGGAAUGAUUUCUCUGUCGGAAUGGUGCUGGUGCUCUGGACUUGACAAUGAAUGUAGCCCAGAAAAGGAGAGACACUUCCAAGCCAACCUCCUUCAGUUCAUGUCUUUGAAGCGUCAAGAAUCAGGUCAUGUUGAGCCAUCACCUGAACCAGACAGCACUCCAGAUCCCACAGCUGAACCACGUCUCAAGACACCAGCCAAGAUCACAAUCUACUGGAUGUUUGAUGAGCUGGAUGUAGCUCCAAUGAACAGGAAGCUAAGUCGUGCCGAAGCAGGUUCAUUCUUUUCUGAAGUAGAUCGUGAAGUUGGUCCGCGUGCUUGUGCCCAGGAUCACUGGAGUCGGUGUGAUUACAACAAUGAUGGAUCCAUUAGCCUGUCAGAGUGGUGCUGGUGUACUGGACUAGAUCCGACCUGCCCAGCUAACAAGAGAACAUUCUACCAGCAUAAUCUCCUGAACUACAUGACAAUGAAGCGUACUGAAGCUGGCCAUACUGAACCUCUUCCAGAAAGUGAUGAACCCAGAGAUCCCACAGCUGAACCACGUCUCAAGACACCAGCCAAACAAACCAUCUACUGGAUGUUUGAUGAACUGGAUGUAGCUCCAAUGGACAGGAAGCUAAGCCGUGCUGAAGUUGGAGUAUUCAUGAACAAUACUGUUCGCAAUGUUCAUCCUCGUGCCUGUGCCGAAAGUCAAUGGAACUAUUGUGAUUACAAUGAUGAUGGUUCUAUCAGUUUGUCGGAAUGGUGCUGGUGUACUGGUCUUGAUCCAACGUGCCCAGCUGACAAGCGUCAGUUCUUCCAACACAAGAUGCUUCAGUUCAUCAAGAAGAAGAGAUCGCAAGCAAAUGUAACUCCUGAACCAGAGACAACAUCAGACAGUAGUGAGCGUGAUCCAGCAGUUGAGCCCCGUCUGAAUACACCAGCCAAAGUAGCCAUCUACUGGCAGUUUGAUGAACUGGAUGUAGCCCCUAUGGACAGACAACUGAGUGAGAAUGAGAUAUCAUCAUUCAGGAGUGAAGUUGUUCGUGAAGUGGAUCCUCGUGCAUGUGCAGAGACACUGCAGGAGUACUGUGAUCAUAAUAAAGAUGGAAUGAUUUCUCUGUCGGAAUGGUGCUGGUGCUCUGGACUUGACAAUGAAUGUAGCCCAGAAAAGGAGAGACACUUCCAAGCCAACCUCCUUCAGUUCAUGUCUUUGAAGCGUCAAGAAUCAGGUCAUGUUGAACCAUCACCUGAACCAGAAAGCAAUCCAGAUCCCACAGCUGAACCACGUCUCAAGACACCAGCCAAGAUCACAAUCUACUGGAUGUUUGAUGAGCUGGAUGUAGCUCCAAUGGACAGGAAGCUAAGUCGUGCUGAAGCAGGUUCAUUCUUUUCUGAAGUAGAUCGUGAAGUUGGUCCGCAUGCUUGUGCCCAGGAUCACUGGAGUCGGUGUGAUUACAACAAUGAUGGAUCCAUUAGUCUAUCAGAGUGGUGCUGGUGUACUGGACUAGACCCUACCUGCCCAGCUGACAAGAGAACAUUCUACCAACAUAAUCUCCUGAACUACAUGACAGCAAGACGUACUGAAGCUGGCCAUACUGAACCUCUUCCAGAAAGUGAUGAACCCAGAGAUCCCACAGCUGAACCACGUCUCAAGACACCAGCCAAACAAACCAUCUACUGGAUGUUUGAUGAGCUGGAUGUAGCUCCAAUGGACAGGAAGCUAAGCCGUGCUGAAGUUGGAGUAUUCAUGAACAAUACUGUUCGCAAUGUUCAUCCUCGUGCCUGUGCAGAAAGUCAGUGGAACUAUUGUGAUUAUAAUGAUGAUGGUUCUAUCAGUUUGUCGGAAUGGUGCUGGUGUACUGGUCUUGAUCCAACUUGCCCAGCUGACAAACGUCAGUUCUUCCAACACAAGAUGCUUCAGUUCAUCAAGAAGAAGAGAUCGGAAGCAAAUGUAAUUCCUGAACCAGAGGCAACAUCAGAUAAUAGUGAGCGCGAUCCAGCAGUUGAGCCCCGUCUGAAUACACCAGCCAAAGUAGCCAUCUACUGGCAGUUUGAUGAACUGGAUGUAUCUCCUAUGGACAGACAACUGAGUGAGAAUGAGAUAUCAUCAUUCAUGAGUGAAGUUGUUCGUGAAGUGGAUCCUCGUGCAUGUGCAGAGACACUGCAGGAGUACUGUGAUUAUAACAAGGAUGGAAUGAUUUCUCUGUCAGAAUGGUGCUGGUGCUCUGGACUUGACAAUGAGUGCAGCCCAGAUAAGGAAAGCCACUUCCAAGCCAAUCUCCUUCAAUUCAUGUCUUCAAAGCGCCAAGAGUCUGGUCACGUUGAGCCAUCACCUGAACCAGACAGCACUCCAGACCCCACAGCUGAACCACGUCUCAAGACACCAGCCAAGAUCACAAUCUACUGGAUGUUUGAUGAGCUGGAUGUAGCUCCAACGGACAGGAAGCUAAGUCGUGCCGAAGCAGGUUCAUUCUUUUCUGAAGUAGAUCGUGAAGUUGGUCCGCGUGCAUGUGCCGUUAAGCACUGGGAUCGCUGUGACUACAACCAAGAUGGCGCAAUUAGUCUAUCCGAAUGGUGCUGGUGCACUGGCCUAGAUCCGACCUGCCCAGCAAGGAAGAGAAUUUUCUACCAACACAAUACCUUGGAGUACAUGUCAAUGAAACGAGCAGAGGCAGGCCAUGUUGAGCCUUCGCCCAGUACUGGAGAGCCCAGUAACCCAUCAGCCGAGCCUCGUAUGAACACGCCUGCCAAGAUCACCAUCUACUGGAUGUUUGAUGAACUGGAUGUAGCUCCAAUGGACAGGAAGCUAAGUCGUGCCGAAGUGGGAGCAUUCAUGAAUGAAACAGUGCGCAACGUUCAUCCUCGUGCCUGUGCAGAAAGUCAGUGGACCUAUUGUGAUUAUGACGAUGAUGACUACAUCAGUUUGUCAGAAUGGUGCUGGUGCAACGGCCUCGACAAUCAGUGCACGCCGGAGAAGGAGACACAGUUCCAAUCUCGCCUGGUGACGUACAUAUCUGACAUGCGCCAAGAAGCCGGACAUGUCGAACCAUCGCCGGAGGAGCCCAACCAAGUAACCGACCCACAGGCCGAACCACGGUUGACUACACCAGCCAAGGUGGCCAUCUACUGGAUGUUUGACGAGCUAGACGUAUCGCCAAUGGACCGAACGCUGUCCCACUCGGAGGCGGAUGCGUUCUUUAGCAUCAUGCAGCGCAGCGUGGGACCACGUGCGUGUGCACUGGAGCACUGGAGUCGCUGUGACUACAACAACAAUGGCAACAUCAGCCUGAUGGAAUGGUGUUGGUGCACCGGACUGGAUCCAGUUUGUACUCCUGAAAAGCGAACCUAUUUCAACAACAAUUUCUUAGCGCACGUCCGCUCAUGGCGUGAGCAAGACCCAUACAUUCAGCGUCCCGAGGGUGUCACACCAUUCCCCGAGCCUAGUGCAGAGCCACGACUGGCUACGCCAGCCAAAGAGCUAGUCUACUGGGCGUUUGACAAGCUCGACACUGCGCCGUACGACCGUUUCCUGGAGCUCCAUGAGGUGGAGUGGUUUGAUGUGAACCUCUCCGAGAACGUAGGACCACGUGCCUGUGCCGAUAACUUCCUGGAGUACUGCGACGCUAAUGCCGACCAGAGGAUCAGCUUACACGAAUGGUGUGAUUGUACUGGCUACGAGCGCCCCAACUAAAACCGGCCCUGGUCAACGAUAGACAGUACACAUGCAUAGUCAAUCAAUGCACUCCCUGUCUGGAAAGAUCAAUGCACUCCAUAGAACUCCACUGAAUCCAACUCAUAAUGAAUGCACGUGUGCCACUGAUUGUGACUCGAAUGGCCUUUCAUACUUACACCAAUUAUAUUUGCACACGCACCGCGUUUACUUGAACACACUUUCAACCUUGCCCUUUACACCGCCCCUGUAGCAUUCUUUUUUGUUUGUUUUCGUUGCAUUAUUAUUAUAACUGCUUCUGCAAAGGUCUUACUGAUAGCCUAGGUUGUUGCUGAAGAAUUCAACAAGAACAGCAACAGCCGCGACGAACAACAAGAACAGCGACAAGUAUACCAGUAAUUAUAAGUGUUGUUGUGGUUGUAGUCUCCUAUUUACUUCAUUAUAGGCACAGGCAACAAUGCCUUUGAUUACAUGCUAGGCUUUCUUUUUCUAUGACUUCCCUGCGCAAUUGCACGCAUCCACAGCUAUUACUAGCUCCAAUAAAAAAAAGUUACUUCA